AUGAUAUGUCUUUUAGCCUCACAGUGCUUGGCGCAGCAGCUUUGGCCGGCGGCUGAGGCGCGGACCAACACGUUCAACUCGACCUACGGGCCAUUGAACUCGACACAGGCGACGAGCUUGAUACGGACAGCGAACAUUUCCGAAGCUCAGGCCGAUGCUGUACUGGUUGCUGUAGAAUUCGAAAGGUCCAAUUGGGCAGGGAGUGCUGUCCAGUUGGAUCCCUUCUAUCAAGAAAUCCCCAAGAAUUCUUCGACUGCGACGCCCGGCUCACCACUAAAAAUUGAGCAACACACCAACAACAGUCUUUAUACUCUGCCAGCUGGUGUCUCACUCUCGCGGAUGCUGUUUACAACCAAGACCCUCAAUGGAACUACAGUGCCUGCAUCCUCCUAUGUCCUUUGGCCGUGGCUUCCCAAACGCUUCAGCAAUGUUACUGGACUGCCAGUUGUCGGAUGGGGCCACGGAACAUCCGGCUGGUCUGGUGAAUGCGGGCCAAGUCAUACACGAAAUCUCUGGUAUCAAUAUAGUGCCCCAUAUGUUCUCGCUCUACAAGGUUAUAUCGUGGUUGCGCCCGAUUAUGCUGGGCUUGGCCUCGACCACGAUGUGGAGGGCAAUUUUAUUGCUCAUCAGUAUACAGCCAACCCAGCACACGGGAAUGACCUGAUUUAUGCAGUCCAAGCCGCCCAGGAAGCAUGGCCAAUACUGAGCAAAGAAUUCGUGCUGAUGGGCCAUUCACAAGGGGGCAGCGCUGUUUGGGGAGCAGCCGAGCAAUUGGCGAGGGAGCCUAUCGAAGGAUACUUGGGCGGUAUCGCAGGCUCACCACUACCUUCACUGGGGGGACUGAUCGAAUUAGUUGUAGAAUCUCCACUGCUCUGGGUAGGCGCAGCAAAAGUCGCCACGGGAUUGCAGUCUAUCUUUCCAACGUUUCAGUUGAGUGAUUGGCUGUCUGACGAGGGUAUACGUUUGACCGAGAUAUUACAAGAGUUACAAGGCUGCCAAUCGGUUGCUUUAGAGCUCCUCGCUACUCCCAACCUUCAAGCGGAUGGUUGGAACAAAACCUGGUAUCUGCCAGCAUUUAUCAACCUCACAGAGAGCGGCGGGAAGGAGUUCGCAGGUCCCAUGCUUAUCCUGCACGGCUCCGCUGACAAAGUAGUACCGGAGAUGCUGGCCGCUACCGCAGUAAAUCAAACAUGUGAGGCUCUUCCAGAUAGCCAGUUGCACUACACGGUUCUUGACGGGGUGUCUCACGUUGCGGUACUUUAUGCAGGGCAGCAGAUUUGGCUCGAUUGGAUCGCCGACAGAUUUAAUGGCGUGCCCGUUGCCCAUGAGUGCGUGCGGCAGACUCUGAGUCCAGGCGUGGGAGGGCAGACGUACCAAGCAGAGUUUGACUACACGCUCCAGUAUCCCUUCUAUCCAUAUGAGACUGCAUGA